AUGACCCGCUGCGCCGCGCAGGUGUAUGCUGCUACAUCUACAAAGAAUAGCUAUCUUCCCCAAGUCUCUCCUUCGUUUCCUAACAUGAAGCCUCCAACUGGCGCUGUAACUUCCUACAAUCCUGGACCUUACGACACAAGCUCUUCUUUAUCCACUGAAACAUUAAAGGGUUAUCCCGAGCCUUGGUCUUCUCCCGAUACCAAUCAUCCAGAAGUACAAUCUGCUUACAAAAAAAUUGAUUGGUCCAAGGUUCCUAAAGCUCCUAUUAGAAAACAGAAAUCAAAUGGUGAAUGGGUCAAAGACAGCGACGGUCCUAAUGACCCAUACUGCUGGUGGUCUUCCACCAACUGUGUUAACCCAAAGGUGUCUUACUUGCCUCCUGAUGUCUACGAAUGCCCCAAGAAGGGUGAUUGGGGUCUCAAUUAUGAUGAUGGACCAUUUAAUAAGGUUGAUGCUGACGACGAAAACGCGUCCAGAGAGAAUCCUUAUGCUGAGCCUGCCCUUUACAAUUUCUUGGCCAAGAACGACCUUCAUGCCUCGCUCUUUUACAUCGGCUCUAAUGUUGCCACUUAUCCUGCCGCAGCUAAGCGUGCUUUGAACAAUGGACAUCAACUCUGUGUCCACACUUGGUCCCAUCCCGUGAUGACUACUCAAAGUAACAUCAAGAUUGUUGCUGAAUUCUACUGGACUUUGAAAGCCAUCAAGGAAGCAACUGGUGUAACUCCCAAGUGUUGGCGUCCUCCUCAAGGCGAUGUCGAUGAUCGUGUUCGUUCUAUUGCUUGGCAAAUGGGUAUGCGUACCAUCCUUUGGAAUGAAGAUACUGAUGACUGGAAUAUGGUUGAGCCUAUGAAUGGUGGUAACCUCUCUCCCAAGAAAGUUGACGGAUACUUCCAAGGUUGGAUCAAUGCCCAAAAGGCAGGAAAGCUUAAGACUGGUAUUCUUGUCCUCGAGCACGAACUUAACCGUGCUACCGUGAACAUGACCAUGCAUUGGUUGCCCACUCUUCAAAAGACAUUCAAUGUUGUCCCUGCACUGACUUGUGCUGGCAUUACUGAGCCCUAUUGGGAAUCUGGUUUUGUUUAUCCUUCAGAUAACACAUCUCCUACCAAGACUUCAACCACUACUUCCGGCGCUACCCCCACUCCAGGAUCUCAAUGUACCUCUGGCUCCUAUGGUUUAGAAAAUGGCGACGGCUACAAUGGUUACUGCUGUGAAACUCAAGCUGAUUGUAUUGAUGACUGUAUCAGUGGCAAAUGUAACGGUCCAACCAGCCCUAGCCAAUCCACCACCACUACUACAACAUCUGCUACCCCUACCCCUAACCCUGCAUGUACCUCUGGAUCCUUUGGCUUAGAAAAUGGCGAUGGAUACAAUGGUUAUUGCUGCAAGACCCAAGCUGAUUGUAUUGAUGACUGUAUCAGCGGAAAAUGUAAUGGCCCAGCUAAUCCUAGCAAACCCACCACUACCAAGACCAAGACUUCUACCAAGAAGACCACAACCAAGAGUACUUCUGCAAGCACUGCUUCCUGCAUUCCUGGUUCUAGAGGAAAGAAGAAGGGUGAUGGAAAGGACGGAUACUGUUGCUCUACCAGCGAUGACUGUCUCGAAACUUGCAGAAAGGGUCGCUGUGGUCUUUAAGCGCAUUUAAUACUAAUAUAUAGUCAUCAGCCC